AUGAGAAAAAUUACUAGUCGUCGGUCGCGAACACCCAAUUGGUCGCUCGAGGAAAAACAAUACCUUCUAGAGUUAAUUAAGGAACGUAAAGAGGUAAUCGUUACUAAACCUAAUAAUGGCCCUAACCAAUCUGAAGAAAAAGACGCGGCCUGGAACGAAAUAUUGAGCGAGUUAGCUACUAAAUUUGGUAGCAAGUUUUCAGAAAGUUCAAUCAAAAAAGUUAAAACUCAGUGGCAAAAUAUGAAACGAAUAGCACGUGAAGAAAUAUCUCAAAGUGGAUCUGAUGUACAAAAGUGUACGCGACAAUCUCAAGAAGUGUGUAGCAUUCUAGAGUUUAUGAAAGACGACUCCAUAAAAAGAGACGAUGAAAGUGUUCAUGAAACUACGCUCAGUGCGAAUAUAGAGGUUAAGGCUGAAAGUGUAGAUGAAGAUAUGAUCCAGUCCUGUAACGUUGAAGAUAAUAGUAUGGAAUACGUUCCUAAUCAAGAAAAUACUACGAAUAAUAUUACGUUUGACUCAUCGGAAUCUUCUUAUCCAGAACAACCAGAACAAAUGUCAGAGCAAGAAAAUAAUGAACAGACCGAAGAAAACGACAAUAAUAAUACGAUGAAAAAUGUUUGCGCAAUGACCGAUAUGUCCCUUAAGCCUGGACUAAACAUUAAUCCAUUUCACGCAGAAUUUCGAGAUUUUUUCAAUUAUUCCGCGGCAGAAAAGCAAUUAAAACUUGAGACCCUAAAAGAAGAAAGACAGGUAGCAAGAGCAAUGAGAGAAGCUGCGGAGCUGAAUAAAAUCAUCGCAGAACAAAAACUUAAGCAUGUUUUGUGGAUGAAAAACAUAGAAAUGGGGCGUUCUAUUGAAACAAGAUAG